AUGGUGCCCACUGGUCAAAAUCCCACUUUGGAGGAGCGGAGAGAGCGCAAGAAAUUGCAGAACCGACUGAACCAGAGAGCGCGCAGGCAGCGGAUCAAGGACCAAGAAGACACAAAUACCAAGACUCAAAAAACCCCUUUUCGGAUUCAACGCUGGCGAUUGGAUGAUAGUCUUGGCUCCUCAUUGCAGACUUCUCGGCCCGUUGUUCUUACUUCGGAGACCGCUGCCAACGACCGACAUGUUCUUGACCAUGGAACCACCCAACUACUCCAGCCUCAGGUAACCAAGGUCCGCAGAAUACCAAGCAGAGCAUUGCUUUCUCUAGAGCCCGAAGCAGCCCAUGAUACCGGGCCUUCUCUACCUGCUGACCACAUUCUGAUCCAUCUCAUCACCCACAACGCAUGCCGAGGGCUCAUGCAUAACAGAAGUGCAGUGAGAGUCGGGGCAAGUUACAUCAGCGCCGUUCAAGAUCCGCCCCUACUCCCCGACUUCUCAAUAGGAUGCGAAACCGUGGUGCUUCGACCUACUCGCCGAACAAUGCCAAUCGACCUUUUACCAACACAGCUUCAAAUGAACAACCCACAUCCUACCUGGAUGGACACGCUUCCGUUCCCUGAACUCAGGGACAAUCUCAUCAGGCGGCAGUAUCUGUUCAAUCACAAGCACUUUUUAGAGGAUCUUGUUGGCGAUCUGGUAUACUUACAUCCACUGCCUGCACAGAGUCAGAGUGGCCCGGUGUCAACACCAAGUUCACAGCUGUAUCGGCAGCAAGACGACGGCCAAUCUGUGUUAGAUGGGAAAGGACUUAUUUUAUGGGGAGAGCCGCAUUUGAAAGAGAAUUGGGAAGCUACUGCUCGUUUUUUGAUGAAGUGGUCAUGGGCUGUCGAGGGAUGCCGUGAACUUGUCGAUAUCUCGAAUAAAUGGAGAACCACGAGGGGUGAAUAUUCUCUCCAGAUACGUCCUCAAAGCGAGCAAUAG